GACAUAGAUGUGAUCACUUUCGAUUCUAUAUUAUUAGGCCAAGAGAAAUUAUCUUCUACAUUGAAGGGAAUACACAAUGGAGAGCUUGAAAAGUUGUCUUACAGGAGCAUGCAUUUUCCUCUUACUACUAGGCGCUCCUCUUACCAUUAUUGCUCGUCCGAUAUCUUUUUUGGAGGAUUUUAAUGUUACAUGGGCAGAGGACCAUGUGAAAGUAUUGCCUGAUAAUAGCUCCAUUCAGCUCAUAUUGGAUCAAAAUGCAGGUGCUGGGUUUGCUUCCAAGUAUCAGUACAAGUUUGGGCUCAUUAGUGUGAAGAUUAAACUUGUCGCAGGAGAUUCAGCAGGGACAGUGACUGCUUUCUAUAUGUCUUCAAGCAUGGACGCAAUACGAGAUGAACUGGAUUUCGAGUUUCUGGGGAACAGAUCAGGCCAACCUUACACAGUCCAGACAAACGUGUUUGCCAAUGGAAAGGGUGACAGAGAGCAAAGGGUCAAUCUCUGGUUCGACCCAUCAAAAGACUUCCACACAUAUUCAAUCCUCUGGAACCACAACCACAUCAUAUUUUCAGUGGAUCAGGUUCCCAUACGAGUCUACAAGAACAAUGAAGGGAAAUUUGGUGUUCCAUUCCCUCGAAACCGAAGUAUGGGAAUAUAUUCUACACUGUGGAAUGCAGAUAACUGGGCAACAAGAGGAGGAUUAGAGAAGAUAGAUUGGAGCAAAUCCCCCUUUUAUGCUUACUACAAAGAUUUCAACAUUGAAUCCUGUACACUCCCACUCAAUGCAAGCUGUGAAACGGAUCGUAGUAACUGGUGGGAAGGAGCGAGUUACAGGCAACUUAGUCCAUUACAAGAGAGAUUGUAUAGGUGGGUGAGGGUGAAUUACAUGGUUUAUGAUUAUUGCUCCGACAAGUCAAGGUUUCCAGUCCCACCGCCUGAGUGCUCUGCGGGCCUUUGAGCUCAUGGUUGUCUUCCAUAAGGCUACCAUGGGGACCAUUGACUUGAAUAGGCAAUGGGCAGGAAGAAAAGGAGUGAAAUAAACGGCCACUAUGCAACCAUUGAUGGUGGAUGUAAGUGAAAAUAAUUGUUCUCCCAGAAGGCUACAAUGGAACGACAGGAAAAACGGAAAGUGAAAAAUGAAGCACAGGGAGAGCCGUGCUUUCGAAAUUUAUGUGUAAAAAGUAGCUUAUGUGAGUACGUCGUAGUAUGUAUUACCAGUUUUAGCAACUUUAUUUAAUAACUAGAAAAUGUAAUUUUCAUUUAA